AUGCUCACCUCCGGCCUCACAAAUGCGCCCCUCACCAAAGCGCUCCUCAUCUACACGAUCGCCUCGUCCAUCGCUCUCUCCCUCUUCGACAUAAAACACCUCGUCGUGAUCUAUGUCUCGCCCCAUUUCUGGCCCUACUCCCAGUUCUGGCGCGCAUUGGUGUGGCAGGUCGUUGGCUUUACCAAUUCCAGUGAGGCCCUCUUCGCCGCCAUGCUAGUUUACCAUUUGCGGGUUGUUGAGCGCGCGUGGGGGAAACGGAAGAUAGCGACCUUCCUGCUCACCACACUCCCCUACACAACUCUCCUCCCACCAAUUCUCCUCGCCCUGCUACUCCGGCCUCUCUCCCUAAACAAUUUCAAUUACCUGCCCUCCGGCCCAACAGCCACGAUCUUCGCGCUGUUGGCGCAGUACCACGCCACCAUCCCAUACACAUACCACUACCGCAUCGGCUCCACAUCCACAUCCUCCCCCACCACAACAAACACCACCGACACCACCACCAGCAACGAUCCCUCUACCGAAAAUACAACAUCCCCAUCCGACCCUAAACCCCCACCACCAAGCCUCUCCCUCCUCCUCUCCGACAAAUCAACCACCUACCUCGUCGCCGCCCAGCUAGCCCUCUCCCAGUUCCCCGCAAUGCUCCUCCCCUCGGCCGUGGGCUGGAUCGUCGGCGUCGCCUGGCGCGCGGACCUGCUACCGGGUCUGUCGCCGGCCAGCACCGGAUUCCGCGUUCCGGCUUGGGUCGUUGGCGAGCAGGAGCGGAGGGGUGGGGCUGGGGCUGCGUCUGGGGCGGAGAGGGAGAGGUAUGAGGAUUUGCGACGGAGAUUGGAGGGGGAGGUUGCGGCUUCGGCUUCUGGGCUGGAGGGGUCUGGGGCACAGGCUCAGAGACGGGCGAAUACUGCUGGUGAGGGUGGUGGGUUUGUUAGUCGGUUGACGCGUGAUUGGUAG